AUGUCAGUGCUUCUGGAAACCAGCUCUGGCGAUAUUGUGAUAGACCUGCUGGUCGACUACGCGCCAAAGCUGUGCGAAAACUUCCUGAAGCUCUGCAAAGUCAAAUAUUACAAUUUUUCACCAGUCCACUCUGUUCAGAAGAACUUCUCCUUCCAGACCGGCGACCCUCUCGGACCCUUGUCGAAACAAUCCGAUGGAGGCACCUCCAUCUGGGGCCUGCUGUCGGGCGACAGCUCCAAGAAGAUGUUCCCGGCCUUCUUCCACCCGAAGCUGAAGCAUCUUGAGCGAGGCACCGUCAGCAUGGCCACGGCGCCUCUGGAUUCCGACCCGGAUACCCGCGUGGCGGCUUCUCAGUUCAUCAUCACCUUGGGCGAUGAGACGGACUACUUGGAUGGCAAGGCCGCUGUCUUUGGCAAGGUCGUGGAGGGCUUCGACGUGUUGGAGAAGAUCAACGAGGCCAUCGUAGACGACAAGGGGCACCCCCUCAUCGACAUUCGAAUCAAGCACACCAUCGUUCUCGAUGACCCGUACCCCGAUCCCCCCGAGUUGCGAGAGCCCAGCGCCUCACCUCCUCCGACCAAGUCACAACUCGAUACCGUCCGGAUCGCGGACGAGGCUGCGCUACACGAAGACGAUGAUCUGGAUGAGGAGGCGAUCGAGAAGCGGCGGAGGGACCGAGAGGCACGGGCCCAGGCUCUCACUCUGGAAAUGAUGGGUGACCUGCCGUUUGCCGAGGUCGCUCCCCCUGAAAACGUCCUCUUCGUCUGCAAGCUCAACCCCGUCACGACGGAUGCCGAUCUGGAGCUCAUCUUUGGCCGGUUCGGCAAGAUUCUGAGUUGCGAGGUCAUUCGUGAUGCCAAGACAGGCGACAGUCUUCAGUAUGCCUUUAUCGAAUAUGCCGACAAGGCGUCUUGCGAGGCUGCCUAUGCCAAGAUGCAGGAUGUCCUGAUUGACGACCGGCGGAUCCACGUGGACUUCUCGCAGAGUGUGAGCAAGCUGCAACAGGUCUGGAGAGACGAUACAAACCAGAAGCGUAGAAAACACGCGUCCAGGGGUGGAUUCGGAGGCGUUGACGAACUCGAAAAGAGGCGGCAAUACCGUGACGAAUACGAGCGAAACGGAGAUGAUUAUGACCUGACCGACGUCCCGAAUCAGAUAAGCAGCAGCAUCAGCCUGAGCAAGACAGAGAUCAACGGGAAAGAGAUCGACCCAGAUCGGACCAGGUGCGGAGACGCAGUCGAAGCCCCGGACGCUCAAGGGCCAUGGAUAGGGACAGAAGAGGAGAUGGAGAUCGAUACCGAUCCGAUGAUCGCGGUUCCGGACGACGGCACGAUCAGUACGAACGGCGACGCGACGAUAGGGAUUUGGGUCGCAGAGACCGCAGAGACUGGGAUAAUCGGCAUCGAGGUAGGGAUCGAGACUCGGACAGACGAAGAUAGUAACGGCAGCAGCGGCAGCAGAAACAACUGCAGAACGCGCAUCUCAUUUUCUUCUCGUCUCCGAAAAUGCCCAUUCAAAACUAUACCCAGCCGCCGUUGGCCAGACCGCAGUUUGCAGCAGUCCGGUCAGCCACAGAUGUAG